AUGUACAAAGUGGUCAAUGCCAGGAGCAAGCUCCUUAUCCCAUUAACAGUGAGCUCUGCUGUUUCACCAAAGCCAGUGAUUUUCAUCAGUCCUCCAUGGACCACCUUCUUCAAAGAGGAAAAAGUGCUUUUGACAUGUGAUGGAUUUCAUUUCUAUGCACCAGGGAAAACACAAUGGUACCAAAAUGGGAAAAUACUUCAAGAUAUCUCUGGAAACAAUAUUACAAUUAAUAAAUCUGGGAAAUAUAGAUGCAAGACCAAUAAUUCACCCCUUAGUGAUAUUAUAAAAUUGACCUUUGUUCAAGAUUCUUUGAUCCUACGGAUUCCAUACCUUGUAUUUGAAGGAGACAGUCUGAUUCUUCGGUGCCAGGAAAAAAAUAACCACCAUUUGACCAAAGUGAAGUAUUAUAAGAAUAGCAAAUCCUUCUCUACUUUUAACCAAAGUUCAGAUGUUGUUAUCCCACAAGCAAGUUUAAGUAACAGAAGUUCAUACCACUGCACUGCAUUAAAAAAUAUGAUAUGGAAGAAAUCAGAUGAAGUAACUCUCAACAUCCAUGAGUUGUUUUCCCGUCCAGUGCUGGAAACAAUAGAUUCCCAGCCUAUAGAGGGUAGUCCUGUGACUCUGAGCUGUAAGGUCUGGAUCCCUCCGGAGAAAUCAAGCAUCCAACUUCUCUUCUCCUUCUUCAGAGAUCCAGGGGCUAUCUUAUUGGGCCAGACCAGGACCCAAGAGCUCCAGAUCUCAAAAUUAUGGAUGGAAGAUUCAGGGUUUUACUGGUGUAAGGUGGAAACUGUGUCUCUCCUGGUCUCCAAACGAAGCCGCCCAAUAAGGAUGAGUGUGAAGAGAAUCCCCAUUUCUGGAGUACACAUUGAAGUGCAACCUCAAGGAGGGCAUGUAAUGGAAGGACAGAAACUGGUUCUUCUCUGUUCAGUAGCUGGAGGCUCAGGGACCAUCACAUUUUCAUGGCACAGAGAGGGCACAGAAGCCAGUCUGGGGAAGAAGAUUCAGCGCUCAUUGGUAGCAGAGUUUGUAUUUUCUGCCAUAAGAGAGAAUGACGCUGGGAUAUACUACUGCACAGCUGACAACAACAGUAGCCUUAUUCCCAGCCAUUCUGUGACCAUCACUGUGAGAAAGACACCUGUUGCAGGAGAUUUGACCUAUUCAGAGGUCUGGAGUGCACUGCAGGGAAAAGAAGGUGCAGCAGAUGUGUCAAAGAAGCCUCCAGACGACAAGGACUGCUCAGUCAUCUACUCUGUAAUUAAGAAGACAAAAACUCUAGGAGACUCAACUGGGAAUUCCAGGUCUGCAAGUGAGAGCAAUGGAGAUACUGCAGAUGGUUAUGUCAUGCUUUCAUGA